CAUAAAAGACCAGCCAUCUCCCCCCCUGCCGCGGGUCAAGACUGUAGUUGGCAUUGUAUUAUAUAGAAAGAACCGCAGAACCCAUCCGGCUGUUAAACACGCACACACCUCCUGAUUCGCCUUAUCGUCAACCCACCUCCAGCACGUCUUCAACAGCCAUGGGUAUGUUCCGCAGCAACAACAACAAAUCCCCCACCCGCCGCCCGGAGAGGCAGGCCGGCGGCCCCGUGGAGGCGCCCCCCUGCCGCGGCGAGAAGCUCUACCUCGACUUCGCGCUCGCGUCGGGGCCCUGCGCGGGCGUCGACAGGACCAUCGCGCUGCGCGACAUCGCCGAGCUCAACGCCUACGAGGAGGCGCGCGCCCGCGCCAACCCCACAAAGCUCAGGCCCAUCAUCCCGGCGCUGUCGUCGCCGGCCCCUAGUGGUCCCACGUGUCCCGCAUGCGGCGGCGGCGGCGGCGGUCAGCGACAGGACGCCGCCGUCCCGGUAAGUGGUAGUAUUAUUAGCAACAAGAAGCAGAAGCAGAGGAAGGGAAGCGGCGGCGGGUCCAGGAUCGUGGCGGCGCGGGUCGCCAGGUCCGUUGACGCCUGGCUCGGGGCCCGCCAGGGGCUCGGGGGGCGGCUGACGGCGCCCGGCGAGUCCGGCUAUGAGCGAGUCCGGCAGCAGCAGCAGCAGCAGGCCGGCAGCGGCGCAGGGCUGGAGGGGCUGAAGCCGCCCAAGACCAGGGUGUGCGCGCGGUGCUCCGAGCCCUACGAUCCCUUCCGGCCCCUGCGGGAUCCGGGGGAGGGAGGGGUCAGCCGGGCCUCGAGGUGA